UUUUAUAUAGAUAGAUGACUUUAUCCUAAAAGCUUUUGACUUCAGAAAUAAUGUCCCAUAUGAAGUCCCAAGCGUUGAAAAUAAAUGGAUGUGCCUUUAAAGUUCAUGAAUCAAUCAGACAUUGCAGUCCUGGAUCACUUCUUACUCAUGUGGCUGUCAAACCAAGUGUAGCACCUUGCAUUGUCAGCGUGGCAACUGGAAAUCAAGAAACAGGAUUACCCUUAAAAGUUGAGAGUGAUCCUAUGAUAAGACAAAAACUGCACAUGACCAAAUCUGUUCAGGCAUCCUUAGGAGAAGAGAAUAAUUUUCUGAGAAAGUUUAAAACUCUGCAAAAGGAACAUCUGCAGCUCAAAGGUAUCCUAAAAGAAAAGGAGUCAUCAAUAUCAAGAUUAAUUAAAACACUUAAAGACCAGGCUACUGAGUAUAAAACAGCAAUUGAAUCAGAAAAAGAACAUCAGAAAGACACUGAAAGGCGACUGGAAGAAUCAGAGCAUUUAGUCAAGGAGAAGAUCCAGUUGCUCAGUGAAACUAUAACACAUUACACAAAAAUAAUUGAAAAACAAGAAACAAAGCAUGCAGAGCUGGUGUUUGAAAUGAAAAAGCAGAACGAAGCUGAUAUAAGGUGCAGAGAAGAAAAGAUUCUCAAGCUAAAGCAAUAUAUUUCUGGUAGCUUCCAAGAAAAAUCCCGCGAACAUCAAGAACAGACAGAUGAACUAAGGAGAGAAAUAAAUAAAUUUAUGGAGAAAUCAGACAUUCUCAAAACAAAACUUGAAAAAGAGCUCAAUUCGAAAAAGGUUUAUCAGUGCUGUUGA